AGAAAAAUUGUCUAUCUUCCUAUCGCUGACAGCCCGCCUCUCAGCUCUCAGCUGUGCGCAACGACCUCUGCAUCUGGAUUACUGGAAAGCAGAGGGGAUGAGACUACCAGAGAAAGUACAUCCACUCACCCCUUUUCUUCUGUUACGGGAGGUUAAAAAGGAAAUGCACUCCCAAAUUCUCAACAAACCGAGGCAAUUAUCGCUAACAAACACAAGCCUGUGGGUGUAUUUGGCGAUGGAGAGCCCGGACUUUACGCACGGAUCUGUUUCCAUAAACGAGACGCUGAUGCAUCAUUCACAAGCGGCAAUCGCUUUACCGAUUUUCAUGUUUGUUGGAGGCGCCAUUGGGAAUAUAAUAGCAAUAAUUGUCCUUUCAGUAUCAAGACAGGAGAGGAAAUCUUCGGCUUUCUACACGCUGGUGUGCGGACUGGCGGUGACGGACCUGCUUGGCACCUGUCUUGCCAGUCCGCUCACCAUAGCCCACUACCUGACCCAUAAUGUGCUGAAGGACCAGCAUGUCUGCGAGUUUCAAUCCUUUUUGUUGCUGUCUUUCAGUUUAACAGGUCUGAGCAUCAUAUGCACCAUGGCAGCAGAGCGCUACCUGGCUAUAUGCUGCCCGUACAACUACCAGCGGUGGGGGGUGGACCGACGCUUUGCGCAAAAGUUCCUUUUCUUCAUUUAUAUCAGUCACAUCUUCUUUUGUUGCCUCCCGAUGAUGGGCAUGUCGAGGAGCGAGCUGCAGCCGUCGCACACAUGGUGCUUCAUCGACUGGGGGGGACACGAGCCUGUGGCCGCCGUUUACUCCGUCUUGUACGGCGCCGUCAGUCUGCUGCUCAUCCUGGGAACCAUCGUGCUCAACCUGGUGGUGUGUGGAGCGCUGCUGCUGAUGCGGCAGAGGACCGUGCAGCGGCCCGUCACCAGAGCCAGCGUCCGGGAGAGGUGGAGGGCUCUGUCCUCGGCUGCAGAGACGCAGAUGAUCGCGGUGCUGGUGGUGACCUCCGCGGUGGUUCUGGCCUGCUCUGCCCCCUUGGUGGUCCGUGUGUUUGCCAACCGCUUCAUGCCGAAAAAUGACCCCAAAGCUGACCUGGCUGCCAUCCGGAUAGCCUCUGUUAACCCCAUCCUCGACCCUUGGAUCUACAUCCUCCUCAGGAGGUCUCUGUUUCGGAAGCUACUCAGGUUAUCCAGGCGAUGUAGAAGCACUCGCAGUACAUCCCCUAUGACACAAAGGAAUCGGUUUUAUCCUGAACUCACGACGGAGAGCCACGUGUUCACGCAGCUAAUGUGCAACACAAACAUCAGGACACAGCUGCCUACCACCGUCAACUUCACUCCGUACAACACAGAGAGCAUCACUCAGACGUAAAACAGACUGAACACGUGUUUGACAUCUAUGAAUGUUUACUGCUUUCUCUUGCCACCAGCAGCUCGAUGCAGUGGCUUUGUCUCUGGAAAGACUGCGAUCUCUCUGUGGACCCUCGGGGCUCCUGUAGGAUUAUUAAUUAAAUACAAA